GUACCCGCGGAAACGCCACGCGAGAGGCCAUGCAGCGCGUGACCAUGCAGGAGGGUGGCGUGGUGUACAAGUGCCCGAAGUGCUGGAGCAUUAAGCCGGAGCGGGCACACCACUGCUCCAUCUGCCAGCGGUGCAUCCGUAAAAUGGACCACCACUGCCCCUGGGUCAACAACUGCAUCGGCGAACACCAAAAGUUCUUCGUGCUUUUCACGCUGUAUAUCGCAGCCAUCUCUACCCACGCGCUGGUGCUGGCUGUCAAUCAGUUCGUGACGUGUUUCCACCACGAGUGGCGAACGUGCAGCGCUCACACGCCGCCCGCCACCGUCGUGCUCCUGCUCUUCCUCAUCUUCGAGGGCGUGCUGUUCGGCAUCUUCACGCUAGUGAUGCUCGGCUCACAGAUACAGGCCAUCUGGACCGACGAGACGGGCAUCGAGACGCUGAAGAAGGAGGAGGUGCGCUGGGAGCGCCAGUCGCGCUGGAAGAGCCUGCAGACGGUGUUCGGCAGGUUCUCAGCCUCCUGGUUCUCGCCGUUCACGCGGCCGCCGCUGCACGGCAAGGCCGUCGGACACAUGUACUCCGUGUGAGCAUCGGCCCGGCUCAGAGUCCAGCCUAGGCGAGCCUGUGAGGCGGACGUCUGCGCCUGGCCGCCUGGCCCGGGG